AUGUCUUCUCUCGACCACAAGAGGCAGUCUACUUCCAGCGUUGUCCUCACGACCGAGGUCACCGUCGAGGUUUCUGUGCCCGCCAAGGCGCUGACCCCUACCGUGGGCGUCUAUGCUGUCCCAACACAUGCCAGCUCCGUCACCAGCAUCACAUCCAACCCGCACUCGGAAAAGACAACAACCAACCCCUUUGACGCAGACAUUGAGGCCCUGAACUCGCACAGCUCUCUCGACAAGUCGGGCCGGAAAAGCAUGACCAUGGAUGCCGCCGCCAACUGCCCUGUAUGGCCCGGAAAGGACCACUGGAAGAAGCAGGCCAAGCACGCCAAGAUGCAGCGCACCCGCUGCACCCCGAUGGCCAGACUGAGCGCGCGCAACAAGAUCAUCUGCAAGAUCCUCAUCAUUGUGUUAGUCGUGGGAGCCGCCGUCAGCAUUGGCCUUGGUAUCAGCAAAGCAGUGGGCGCACCCGUUUGGGGCAGCAAGAAGUCAGACUGA